AUGUCGACAGCAACAUCAGCUGUUAUUCCAACUGUCAAAGCCAUAAAAGCUGUAUCUUUACCUCUCACAAACACUACUGAAGCCAAAGUGAGAUGUGUUAAAAGUGAGAGGAAUGCUCUAUUAAGAUUCAAACAAGGUUUCACUGAUCCCUCUGAUCGACUGGCUUCUUGGGUUGGCAAAGAAUGCUGCAUCUGGAAAGGCAUUUGUUGUGACGCUGGUUAUAAUGUCAUCAGGCUUGAUCUCAAUGAUAGAACAAACAAUUGCUAUUGGAAGAAAGUGGGAUACUUGAUUCCAGGCAAUUCAACAUGCUUGGGUGGCAACAAUAAGUUUGUUAAUUCUGAGUUGCCUAAUGCCACCACCAUUGAGACACUUUAUAUGGUAUACAGCAACAUCCAAGGCCCAAUAUCAAAUGUUGAAUGGGGUAAACUCUGUAAUUUGCAGAAGUUGUAUCUAGAGCAGAACAAACUUAAUGGAGACAUAAGUCGAGUGGUGGAAGGAUUGUCCAACUGCAGCAACCCUACGAUAGAGGUAUUAUCUCUAGGCGAAAAUGUGUUGACAGGGGAAUUGCCAAAUUCAUUAGGACAUCUGAAGAACUUAAGGAUUCUUAGUAUUUCUUUUAAUAUGAUCUCUGGUACUAUUCCAGCAUCUAUUGAGCAGCUUUCACAAUUGGAAAUUUUGUACUUGGGAGAGAAUCAACUGAAGGGAGCCUUGCCUGAGAGAUACAUACCCUUAAACAUUGGUCAUGUGAUGACAAAACUUCUAGUGUUGGAUCUUUCUGGAAAUGCUUUUAUAGGAACUAUACCAUAUUCCAUAACAAGUGUCAAGCAGCUAUUGAGAUUGGACCUUUCAGACAAUCAUUUGUCUGGGAAGAUUCCUGAUUGGUGGUAUGAUUUGCAACAACUUCAAGUCAUAGAUUUGUCAGGGAAUAAUCUUUCAGGUACUAUUCCUCCUUCAGUUUGUUCACCACUUUCACUUUUUUGGUUGAGAUUAUGCCGCAAUAACCUUUCUGGAGGGCUUCCAAAAUCAUUGAGGAAUUGCAAUAGCUUGCGUGCCCUUGAUAUUGGAGAGAACAAAAUCACUGGCACCAUCUCGGAGAAAGUCUCUUAUCUCUGCAAAAGCUCAGAAUGA